GGUGACAUCAGCAAACUUGGACAGGGUGCUUUCUACUCCCUCGUCCAAGUCACUAACGAAGAUAUUGAACAGUACCAGGCCCAGGACAGAGCCUUGGGGGACUCCGCUGCCCACAUUUCUCCAGGUAGAAACCGACCCAUCCACCACCACUCUCUGGUUCACCAAUUUGGCCAGUCAUCUGAGAUGCACUCAUGGGUGCUAUGUGAAAACUAUAAUUGGAAAACACGCCUGCAAUCCAGUAGUACAUUUGGCUGUCUCUCUGAAAUGAAAAAUGGCAUGUCUGCUGCAAGGCGACUAUUCAGUGCUUCACACACAACAGUGGACCCAAAGGAAGUGAAAAAAUUCCAGCUUUUGGCACACAAGUGGUGGGAUGAACAAGGAGAAUAUGCACCUCUUCAUUCUAUGAAUGACAUUAGAGUGCCAUUUGUUAGGGAUACUUUAUUGAACCUGAGUAGUGAUCAUCAGCUGGGAAGUCCUUUGUCUGGCAUAAAGAUCCUAGAUGUUGGCUGUGGCGGAGGAUUAUUAAGUGAACCUCUAGGUAGACUGGGAGCUUCGGUUACUGGAAUAGAUCCUCUGGAAGACAACAUUAGAACAGCUGAACAGCACAAAUCAUUUGAUCCAGAUCUAGACAAGAGAAUACAAUACAAAUCUUGUUCAUUGGAGGAGAUUGCAGAAGAGUCUACAGAAACCUUUGAUGUAAUCGUAGCUUCUGAAGUAGUGGAGCAUGUGGCUGACCUAGAAACAUUUAUCUCAUGCUGCUAUCAAGUGUUAAAACCUGAAGGCUCACUAUUCAUCACUACACUCAGCAAAACGCAGUUGUCCUAUGUCCUGGGGAUAGUAGUCGCAGAAAAAAUAAUGGGCAUUGUGCCAGAUGGUACUCACAACUGGGAGAAGUUUAUUACACCUGAAGAGUUGGAGUGCCUGUUAGAAUCAAAUGGCUUUUUAGUCAAGGCAGUGAAUGGAAUGUUGUACAACCCCUUCUCAGGGUCCUGGAGUUGGAUUGAAAGUACUAGCAUUAACUAUGCAUUGCAUGCCAUGAAAUCUAAGGCACAAGAACAGUCAAGUUCAAGAGAGCCACCUUCAGAGGCAGAAGAGGAGCAGCACCCAGCUAGAGCUAAUACCAGGACAGCUGUCUAAAGCACUUGCUGGUAAAGCCUACAGUGGGAAGAUUUGCAUAGACAUCUGUAAUAAAACUAUCUGGAACAACACAUCUACUUGUCUGCAUUACUUGUAGUUAAGCUGGUUUUUGCCAGUGUGUUUCAGAACAAUUUUUCAUUAUCUCAGAAAUCACAUGGAUUUUAAAAUGAACAAAAAUCUUAGAAAAGAUUUGUUUUCUAGGGAAAAAAAAUGCAAACCUACCAGUAUUUGUUACAGGGCUCAUACAUGUGAUGGUUAUUAGAGUCCUUUCUCAAAAAGUUGAGAGGCUAAAGAAUAACAGCUCACUGCUGGAUUCUGUUUGGAGUGGCUUUUUAAAAUGCAAUGCUGAAGUGUGGUAACUAGAAUAUUUAUAAUAAAAAUGUUUAAGUCACUCAAGUAUACUGCUCUAAGACUUGUGGCUAAGUGUGAACAAUUUAAAGAACCAAAAAAGCAACUUUUCUGAUUGUGAUCCCAUAAGAAGUGUAAGGACAGGUGACUCCUUUGUGCUAUAGAUGAGCCUUCUAUGGCUAGUUGUGCUAGUUCUGCAGGUAGUCAAACCACACUUAAGAAUUUGGUCUCUUAUUGUCGAUCCUUUGCAUGUCACAAAAGUGGAAGCUGUCAUCAGCAUUUCUAGCAAAAAAUGUAUCAUGACCUGUCAUGGGCCAGAGUCAGUUUGGUCAUACCUGUGCUCCACUUAAUGGUUGCAAGGAAGUUGGUGACCUGGAUGCUAGGGCCUCCUUAGUCUGAAGGGAUUCAGACCCACAUCUCUGAACUCACCAGGGAGUUCCCUAUGGACCAUAUACAUAUAGAAUAGUUGGGAGAAAGUGAACUGUCCACUUGUCUUGCUGAAGCCAGGCCGCUGUGCAACCAAGAAUUCAAGAGUCAUGGCACAGAAAGAGAAGGAGGCAUCAUUGAUUUUUAAAAUGACUUGGCGCUGUGUAUACUGAUGACCUGAAUGGGUGCAUCCAGAUGAGCAUGCAUGUGCCUCUUGCCCCAUCUAAAAGGGGUUUGAGACGGGGCAAGAGGCACAUGUGGGAAUGAAAAAAUGUUCCCUGCACUACAAACUUGCAGCGUGGGGAGAAAAUUAGACCCCUGGAUAUUCACUUGCAUGGUCAAACUACAGUCUUGCUGCCCAAAAUGAAUUUAGGCACCCAGGGCAUUUUCUAACUGAUAGAACUACAUUUGGGAUCACUCUUUGAAACUGUAGCAGAAUUUAAGCCUAAAUGGAAUUUAAGGGCCAUCUACAAAACCAGUCUAGACUUGCACUGGAAAUUUAAGUCGUAUUCAUUGCCACAGUCUCUCAUCUAACCUACAGUCCUGAUGGAAUGUAUGCAGAGUGCUGAUCUAUUCUGAAAUGCAAUUUUCUAAAUAAAAUGAUAUUGCACAAGACUGUUUUCCUGUCUGUUUACAAGUAAAAAGAAAAAUAAUUGUUUUCCUGUCGACUUGGAAACUCAGGACACUUCCUACGCCACAUCAUCUGUUGUUAACUUUAUAUAUAAUUCAUAAAUAGUCUAUUAAACUUUUCUAAUGAU